AUGUGCAAUAGGGAAACGUCUCGUCUCGUCUUUAUCAAAUCAGCUUUUGCCUGUAAGCUUCGCCGUCGCCAGAUGGAUCGACCGCCGUCGUUUCCUCCCUACCAAAACCCCAAUCCAAAUUUCUUCCACCGAGCUCAUCCUCCUCCUCCUCCUCCGCAAAAUUCCAACACUUACUCAAUCCCUCCAUCUCCGCCACCGAUUCGCGAGCUCUCCGGCACACUCUCCUCUCCACAGUCUCUAUUAUCAGAAUGUCAACGCACCUUAGACUCCCUCUCGCAAAAUCUAUCUCUAGACCACUCUUCUCUUCUCCACAAGGACGGUUUCGUUCGUUGCCCUUUUGAUCCAAAUCACCUCAUGCCACCUGAAGCUCUCUUCCUCCAUUCACUCUGUUGCCCGAAGCCUCUCGAUCUCACUCACCUCCUCGGAUCGUUCAGUAGCUACCGAAACACGCUCGACUUACCGUGUGAGCCAGAGCUGAAUGGUGAUCUCUGUUGCACAACUUCUUCUACAACGAUUGCCCUGGCGCUGUUAACUUCUCCGAGCUCGAUGGUAAAACGCGACGUUUUACACUUCCUAGUGUUCUUUAUGUUGAAUGCGGCGAGUUUGAAGAAUGAGAUUGGAGGAUGGAGAGAUUAUCCAACUUCGUAUUCUUACAGUGUUCUUUGUUCGAUUCUAGGUUCAGAAGCGGUUGAAAUGAGUGAGUUGAGGACAUGGAUUCUGGUGAAUUCGACGAGAUACGGUGUUAUAAUGGAUACAUACAUGAGGGAUCAUGUUUUCUUGCUGUUUAGGUUGUCUAUGAAAGCUGCUGUCAAGGAAGCUAGUGUUUUUAUAUUAGAGUCUGAUGCUAAUGCAGUUGGUGGGGAGCGGAUUUUGAGCUGCAAUAGCAGAACAAGGUUGGUCUGUCUGACUUUGAGACAAUCUUGCAGUAAAAGUUGA